CCGCAGCAGCAAAAUGGGAGAUCUCUCGACGUUAACUGUGCUUUUCGUCUGUGAUUUUUGGGGCCGAUCUGAGGUUGGAUUCAGUUUGGACUUUGGAGCGACCAUUCGAUUCGCGAAUUUCAGCUAGGGUUUCGAGUUUCGAGGUCUAGGGUUAGGCCGAAUUGCCUGCUGGUUCUCAAGUCGAACUGGUCGUCGUUUGAUGCUUGGUGCAUCCGGUUUUGGAUUUUAGGGCUAUUCCUGAUCCUCUGGAGUCUUGAUGGUGCUUUGAUUUUUGCUACGUCGUUUCGAUUUGCGGACGCGAUUUGUGCUGAGUUUUGUUAGGUUCCGUCGGAUUGCUGUUCUCUUACUUGGCGACCAUGGAUUGCUGGCCAGAUUGUGCCGUGGAUUUACAUAUUUGUUACUUUUCGGGUCGUGUGCAGUCGAAGAAACGUGGACUCUCGUCGGAAGAGAAGCGAGAGAAGAUGCUUCAGAUAUUCUACGAGUCGCGAGACUUCUUCCUUAAACUUGAAUCUGAUGUCCAUAGUAGUAAGAGGCAGUUUAUGGAGCUAGCUGAUCAGUGCAAUGCAUUAAAGAAGGGAAGAGAGGAAUCUAGGAUGCAAUAUCAGUUGCCCAUGCGGCAGCCAAUAGACGGACAGGUGGGAAUUAGUGAUGAUUUGGACUACUUGGAGAUGUCAACACCGGGAAAUUAGAUACCACGGAGUCAAAUGGCAUAUACACCAGGUGUUGCAUCCAAAUUCUCUCGGAUUCUGAUGCAAAUCUAUUAAAAUGAAAGAGCACAUUGCGUGAGUAUGUUGUUGCCUUGGUCUAAUGUCUGAGCAAAGCUUCCUAGACCUGUCAUAAAUUUAUUAGCUGACCCUCUCUGAAUGUACAAGCUGAAUCGGUUUUUAUGCUUGAUGAGAUUGGGGGUGAUGUGUAAUUUGGAUCAUACAACUUGAUGGAAACACACUUUUGACAGUAA